AUGCAUAGAGCAAAUCAACGCCCUCGCAAAAGCAUCCCAAAGGCAUUGACUCAGCAAGAACUGGAUCUGGCUGUGGCACAAGAACAGCGACAAGACGCGAUCUGCCAUGCUGCCACCGGCCUUGGCAAGACAUUUGUCGCAGCAGCACCCUAUGCCCUCAAUCGAAACAAGGACAAGGUGACGAUCAUCGUAUCACCUUUAAUCGCCUUGCAAGAUGAGAUGGUCAAGACAUUUGAAGAUGAGUUUGGAUUGCCUGCGGUUGCGGUCAGUAGUGGUCACGGUGGUCUCAGGAGGGAUGUACUCCAGACAAUUGUCGACAGCAAGUAUCGGAUUGUCUUGGUAUCCCCCGAACUCCUGACAACACGCACAUUCACCUCGCGAGUGCUAAAACACCCACAUUUUCACAAAAUCAUCUAUUCUGUUAUUGUGGAUGAGGUUCACUGUGUAUCACAUUGGGGGGACAGCUUUCGAAAAGCAUACGCAGAGAUUGGCUCGAUUCAAUGUCAGCUACGCUUACUCGUAGGCGUCCUGAGGACAUCCCCAAGACCUUGGAUAUACUGCGACAAUAUUGCUGAGGGCAGCAAAAUUGCCGAUUACCUCCGACAACGGCUCCCUCAAGAAUUCGCGCGUGCUGGUGUCAUCCGAGAGUACUGUGCAGUGUUUUCAACGGAGUACCGUAACCUUGCUAUGAAACACUUUCGGGAGGGUCGAAUCCGUAUCAUGGUGUGCACCGAUGCAGCUGGGAUGGGCUGUAACAUACCUGACAUUGACGUUGUCGUCCAGUGGCGGCUACCACAGAAACUGUCGGCUUUCGUUCAGCGUGCUGGCCGUGCUGCGCGCGCUCGUAACCGGAAGGGGCUAGCUGUCCUCCUAUGUGAACCCUCCGCCUUUUCUGCCGACCUUUCGGAGCUCCUCAACGACGCCCUGCGCAAGAAAGGGGCCAAAGGUCGCCUCAACUCAAAGAAAGCUACCUCCGAGUUCCAACCCAACAAGGCUGCAUCAAAGGCUUAUGCUGCCGCACAUGGUCGCAACCGGGGAGCUUGCAGCGAGAAGGAUGAGCUCGAACACCUACAGGAUGAGCCAGAUGUCGAUGUAGAUGCCGCUGAUGAGGGUCUCAUUCAUUUUGUGCAGACAACGGGCUGCUGUUGUGCAUUGCUUGCUAAGGUGUUUCGCAAUCCCCCAUCCAGCUCAGACCUCUCUGUUCCUUGCUGCGACAUCUGUCACCCCUCCCUUCUCGACCAAAUUCGCCCGGGCCCCAAGCCUUCGGUUCAACGCGGCCCAAAGACCAAGAAGUGCGAGCCGAGGGCCGAUAUCGUCAAAGCCAUCCAUGCCUGGCGGGUUCGUGUCUCACAGACAUUCCCGAGGCACUCGUUCCUCACGCCCGGGUCCGUGCUCUCCGAGGAUGGUGUCACUGGGCUCGCCUCAAUGACACCCCUAUCUGCCGAGACAAUUAGCACGUGGCUGGUGCCGCGCUGGAUUCGAUGGGAGAAAUACGGCGAGGAGCUCACCAAUGUUGUCCUCGAUGCCGACCGAGGUCUGCGCCAAACCAUUGCCCAGCCACCCAGCCCCUCCCGCGAACAUCGCCUUGAAGCAAACGAGUCGCAAGACCGCAACCCGAGCACCUCUCGACGAGGCACUGUGCCUACUCCACGUGCCCCGCAGCCAUCCUCAAGAGCUGCACGUCGACGCUCGCCGAGUCCGCCAGUCGCGCGAAAGCGUCACCGCUCCACAGUUGCCACGGAGGAGCCACCCUCUAGUUCUACUCGCCUCGCACACGCUCACCAACCUAAGACAUCUGCUUUGGCACAUCCUCCAUUACCUCCCCCGCAAUCUCAGACGUGGCAACCACCGUACGUGUACGCACCCCACCACCAGUCAGAAUCGCCCUCGUACACUCACCCGUCGACAAUGGGGCCAUCAAUGGCUCCACAUCAGACGCAUCCUGGCCACUAUACGAGUUGGCCAGGCUUGGCAAACUACCCCAACCUGCGCUACCGCACCACCAUGAUGCAGCACCCCAAUCCUUCAUACUCUUGGUCAACAGCUUCGACAUUCGUACCGUACACCCCUCAGGUUCAGUCACGGCACUACCAGACUCCGGAAUCAGGCCCUAUCUCCCAUACCCCAGUACAUCAUACCCCUAACCCUCACAACCACUCUUUCUCCUCUGUUCCAGUUUUUAUGAUCCUAGGCAAUGGGAUGGGUGCGCAAGCGCGAUUUUUGGAAGUGCAUGUUCGUAAGCCCUUGAGACUUGAUUUCCCCAGCCAACACCGCGCGAGUGAGCCCAGGCGUUCAGCAGCUAGCGCUGCCGACCUCGGCAAAAUGACAUGUGUCACCCUUAUUAGGUAG